UAUUAGCUAUCCUGAGCAUUGCAGCCCAUCCGAAAACAUUGAGGUGCGCACGUGUUGGAGACGUAGACAGGAGAACUAAAAUUUCCUUGAGAAUGACCACUGCCACCCAGGGCCAGAUGAAGACUAGCCCCAAGUCGAAGCCCAAGAAACCGACCAAGGCCAGCCCCAAGUCUGACAAGUCCGACUCGAAAAAAAUGGGCCAGAAAUUUGAGAAGAAGACCGAUCAGAAGCCGAAGAAGUUGCACUCGAAAACGGGAGCGAAGAAAGAAGCCCCUGAGAAGAAGAUCAAACGCAAAGUAAGCGAAACUUCCUCCGAAGUGCCCGUCAAAAAGAUAAAGAAACCCGAAGGCUUGGACGCCCUUGCCCAACCCGCCACGCCACUGGACAAGAAGAAGGAACGCCAGAAACAGAAGGCCCUCAAAGCCGAACGCCAGAAAAAGGCCAAAACCGAGGAUCUCUAUGCUCUAGGGGUCGAAGCCAAGAAGAUUUGGGAAAAGGUCCGAACCGAUAAAUGUCCCAUGGAGGAAAAGGUCCAGCUUUUACCCCAGCUCCACGCCCUCAUGAAAGGCCAACUCUCCAAGUUGGUCUACUCCCACGACACAGUCCGUGUGGUCGAGACCCUGAUCACCACCGGGGACGAGGCCGUCCGAGCCAUGAUCCUGGAGGAGCUCAAGCCCGAACUUCUCAAGAUGGUUAAGACCCAAUACGCCGGGUUUCUGGUCAAUAAGAUGCUGAAAUACGGCACCAAGGCACAACGCAAGCAAAUCUUCCAAAUGUUCGAGAGCCACGUGGCCGAAUUGGCCAAGCACAAGUUCGCCAACCAGACCUUGGAGUUGUACUACAACGACUUUGCAUCCACCCCAGAGCGUCAAGGUGUGUUACAAGAGUUCUGCGGACCCGAAUUCCGGAAAUUGAAGGACCCGGGAGUGGCCACGGUCCAAGCCCUUUUGACCAAGCAUCCCGAAAAGGCCAAGUUCGUCAAGCAGCACUUGCACGAAGUGGUCAAUGUGCUCAUCGCCAAAGGCUGCUACAAUCUCGGUCUGGUCCAUCGCGUCAUCUACGAGUACUUGACCGUGUGCACGCCCGAACAGCGCACCGAUCUGGUCAACCAGCUCCGCGACGUCUGCGUCCACAUGGUGCAUACCGAGUACGGUAAGCGACUGACCGUGGAGGCCGUCAAGUACGGCACCACCAAGGACCGCAAAGCCAUCGUCAAGAGCUUCAAGGGCUUUGUCGUCAAGACCUGUUGCGAAGACAUGGGUUAUGUCGGCAUACUGGCCAUCUGCGACGCGGUGGACGAUACGAAAUUGGUCGGCAAGGCCAUUCUGGGCGAGAUGAUUGAGGCCAUUGACGAACUGGUGGCCAGUGGAUCCGGACGGAAAGUGCUCAUGUAUCUGGUGGCUGCCCGCAACACCACUUACAUCAGCAAAGACGUGAUUGAUCUUUUGGAAACCGACACGGAAACGUCCAAGAAGGAUCCGGCUAUUCGCGCUGCUGAAUUGCGAGCCCUAAUCUCCCCCGCCUUGGUCAAGUAUGUUCUGACCAACAUGACCGAGCUCCUCAAGGAUAACGGUAAAGUGGUGUUCCUGACGUGUUUAUUGAAUUAUGCCGACGGAAUGGCACCCUGCAUGUCUCAAUUGGCUGAGGAAGCGGCCAAGCCGUUCACUUCUCACGAUGAUGAUGCCAGUUUGGUGGAAGCCAAGGCCAGCCAUAUGAUGUUGAAGAAAUUGAUCUCACGGGAUAAGGAACGAUAUGCUCAAGACCCCUCGCAAACGCAGAACUUGUUCAGUCUGAUGCUGUUGAAGGCCAUGGAUGAGGAUUCUUGGGACAGUUUCUUGAACUGUAACCGCGGUUGCUUCUUAUUGGUCAAUAUGUUGGAGACGGAGAUUGAAGAGAUACGCGAGCAAGUCCAAACCAAGAUGAAGACCUUCAAAAAGACCCUACAAAAGCAGAAGACGAACGGGGCCGAAAUCUUGCGCAAGAAGCUCUAGAGGAGAUGGCGACACAGUGACCCUUUCCUAUGUUUAUUUUGUUAUCUCGCAAAUAAAGAAUCCGGUACAUAACA